CCUCCCUCCCCUCCCCGUGUUUCCCUUUGCUCGCGCGGGGAAGCGACACUCGUGUGUGAAGCCACCAUCUUUCUUUCUCACUUUCGCACACGUUCAUUCGCACCUAAAGCACAGGGUGCGUGAGGCGCGAUAGGAUUUUAUUGCACUUGGACAUUAUAGGGAACAUGAUGAGGCUUCACUUCGGCGGUCGCUCUUGUUGCGCCACGCGCGAUUUGAGAGGUGCGGAAUUCAAUCAUUUGACUUUCUGCAUCCAAGGAAGUUUCCAUUUAUUGUCUUGGCAUUUCUUUGCUGCUGAAACUCCCAAUCUUUGCAUCCUCCCGCUCCCAUCCCAUAUGUCCCCUGUCCUGCAUGCUGGCCGUCGUCACACGGCCGCGCAGCAUCAUUUCCCCCUCUUUACUACCCACGGAGUAGCCUACACGGAUGCCUCUUUCAUAGCUCCUCGAGGUUCCUGCGGCUACGCUAUCUACCAUCCCCACCUCCCAGCACCUGAAACUCACACGAGUGGGCCGUACCUACAUCCUCCGUAUGCACUCUCACUCGAGGUCCUUGCCAUUGUACAUGCCCUACAAUCAUUUCCCUCCCUUCCCUCGCUCCCCGAGUACACGAUAUACAUCAACUCCCGAGCCGCCAUUUAUCACAUACUGAACCGCACCCUACCCCAUUUACUCCAACAGGAGGUCGAACGAGCGGUCUUUGCACUGCAACCUUCCACCAUUUUCCUCCGCUGGGUCCCUGGGCAUUCAGGGAUUGACGGCAAUGAGCUGGCCUAUCAGCUCGCCCUUGAUGCCUUUAACCGGGCACCGUUGAUCCUCUGGUCCAGGCCCUCGGAGGAUUCUGGGACUCUCCCUGCGCUGCGCUAUCAAGGAAGUUUACCUCCAGCUCCGUCUCAACAAGUGCCUCUACCCUCCCCCUCAUCCAUCACUCACUGUGCCGGAGGCUCGCCUUCUGCGGCACAUCCGAGUGAAUGCACUGGUUAUGCCCUUCCAGCCUCUUUAUCUCUAUCGCUCCGACUUCUCCUGUCCCAACUGCACCUCUACUUAUGCAGACUUAUCCCAUUGCGUAUUCUACUGUCCAGCUGCUCAGCAAUCAAGUUCCUAUCCUCCCCUUCCCUUUCUAUCACCACCUGGCUCGACUGGCUUGGCGCCGAAGGUGAAGAAAACAGCGUCGACUGGCCAACCAGGCGGUUGAUAUGCUCGACCUGUUUUUUCUGCUGAAUAAAAGUCUUAUACUACUACUACUACUACCAACACACUAUCAAGGUUUAACUGUACUAUAUAAUAGUAAGUCCCACCUAACAUUAGCCAAGUUGUUAAAGAACACUGGUACAAUAUACAAUUAUGAUAUGU